GCCGGUGAUAUGAUGACGUGACCUUUCAACUUGGAGCUGACGACUCACGAGUUUAGUAACGUAGGUUUGAGUGCAUGAUCUGAUAUAUGCAUGCAGUGGAUGCGAUGACCGAAUAUCGAGAGGGAGUUUCCGCAUCAACAAUUGUGUGAAACUGAAAGGCAAUCAACAGUCUAGCCUCAUGUUAACCUGAAAGAAAAUAUUAGCUUUGAGAUUCUACUAAUCAUAACGAAAUGCUGAACAUGUUUUCUGGAUAACUUUUUGGAAGUCCUGGAACAGUGAACGGCCACCAGACAACGAUUUGCCGUGCAUGCUGGACAAUAUAGCGCCAGGAACAGAAGCCACAUUGAAAGGGCUGCAGCCGGGGAGAUACAGGCUGCGCCGAGGUUGAGAACUCGUAUACCAUACGUGUCAUUCAUUGAGCCGACUGCAGCUGUGUGCAGAGCCAAGAUCAUUGAUGACCAAGAAGAGUGUCAUUUUUCAUUCAAAUGAGACACUGCAAGUUCGACCACAGCGGGAUAUUAUUAGACAGAAUUCAACUUUACAAAUCAUGACAUUGGCUGUAUGAGGAAACCCUUGGAAGAGAGAAACAAACCAAUAAAGUGCAGUGAUACUACGACUACAACUAGAAAUGUGGUGCAAGUUCUGAGGAGUAAAAUGCGUUUUGAUGAAUAGACUAGUUUGAGUCUAGGUCCAUGGUCUCAAGAACAAGGAAGACAAUUGUUAAUGGACAUGCACAGACUUGAAGUAAACAGAUCAAAUUAAUAACACAAUGAGUGGAAGUAGAGUGGAUCUCAAAGUUGUGCUCCUUGGAAAGGAGUAUGGUGGAAAGACUAGUCUUGUGGAACGAUAUCUCCAUGACAGAUUUCAUGGAGAUGUUCCAUACCAAAAUGUGAGUACUAUAGGAGCUGCAUUCGGUGCCAAGAAGGUUGAUGUAUAUGAUCGGACAGUCACAAUGGGUGUAUGGGACACUGCUGGAUCAGAGAGAUAUGAAGCCAUGAGUAGGAUAUAUUAUAGAGGGGCCAAAGCUGCCAUUGUUUGUUAUGAUUUAACAGAUGAUCAGAGCUUUUCAAAAGCAAGAUUCUGGGUAGAUGAAUUGUUAAAGAAUGAAGAGCACUGCAAAAUCUAUUUAUGUGGGACAAAAGUUGAUCUUGUACAGGAUGACAAGAAGAGUAGUAGAAGAGUUGAUUAUCAUGCAACAACAGAUUAUGCUGAUGAAAUACGUGCCCAGGUCUUUGAAACAUCAAGUAAAACAGGAUAUAAUAUAAAGGAACUUUUCUUCAAGAUAGCCAAAGAUUUUGUGGAUGAUCCGAAGAAUAAUGAAAAUGGAGAGGAAUCGCCCAAUACACUGAAGCUAGCAGAAAACAGUCAGAAGAAAUCAUGCCCAUGUUGACACCAUGAGAAUCCAAAGCCUUUCUGCAAUCUUGAUUCAUUCAUUCGGACAUUUAAUCAUGUGACAAAUUGGAUCAUCUAGAUUUCAAUUCAACAUGAUUUUGUCGGACUAAAAUAUAAAAGUGAAAUGACUUAUAACUACCACUUGAAUUUAACAGUAUUUAGUCUGCAAAAACAGGUUCUAUUUUGAUGUUUGAUGAAGUCACAAUUCGUGCCAAGUUGCCAGGAGAAGCUACUGGAACUGCAUAUGGGAAAGUAGUCUGCAGUCGGGGGAACUCAAAUUAUUCAUUAAUUGAAAAGCAAUGUUGUGGAUUUGAUGCCAUAUACUCGUGUCAUAUUCUGAUUGAUCAUUAUCUUGGAAAUGCUUAGUUCAGGAUUUUAGAACCCAUGUUGAUCUUGUGACUUACCCACGACGGUUGAGAAUGCUCUCUUUAGCAAUCUCCAUGGACCAAAUGAUCAAUAUCAAGAUUAGUUGCUGCUUCAGUGCACAUGUAUGCAAGUGUCAUCUGCAUUCUUUAGUCAGAGUCUACUCUAGAUAUAUGUUACCCUCAUAUGUGCUCUACUGAAUUUGGAUUUAAUUUCCACUGAUUAUGAUAACAAUAAUAAUAAUAAUGUCAUAUUUUACCCAGGGAAGCCACUUCAGUUCACUGUUCUCCCAGCAGACCCUGCUUUAUGAUGUCAUUAUUAUCCUGUCUUUAACUUGAUCGGGUGCUCAAGCAUUCGAGAAAUUUCUUCCUACCGGGCCUUAUUUACUACACCCAGGUGGAGAGUGGCAAAUGUAGAUAAAUGCCAAGCUGCCAAAAGACGAGAGGUAUUAAACUGAAGCAAGAAAGUUUUGUUCAUAGUUAACUUGCUUCUAGUAAAUCAGCCCUACCACUACAGACCAUUUCCCCCUGUUUCUUCGUUUGAAAGAAAGAAAAUAUAUGUUUUCUUGUUUUUAUAAAAAACAAAGAAAGGAAUUUGUACAAUAAUAGUCAUUGAUCUUUGUGCAGAUGGAAUGUUUGCAAAUGUCAUGAAAUGCUUGAAGCUAAUGAUUCAUGACAUGAGGUUUCUUGGGCCUUGAAAGAAACCAACAUGAAGAUAUAUUUCACAAGAUUUCUGGGUUUAGUAUUAUGUUUAGAUACAUGCAAACAUAAUUAUUUGCCAAUUAAUCUGCUUCUUGAAUUAGAAUUAUUCAGCUGUUGGGUCAACAAAGUAAAAUCUGUGGUCCAUUUUUUAAUUUGCAUCUAAAACUACUUCUUUGGUCAUAUAGAAUGAAAAAAUGAAUUUCAUUAACAAGAUCUGGAUUAGUAAAUUAUUUAUAUUUUAUUCCAGAAAUGUAUCAAUAACCUUGCCAUUCUACAAAAAGUGAUGUUAUUCCAGCUCUUGAAACAUAAAGUGGUUGAAAAGGGAAUAUAUAUUGAUUGAUCAGUUGUGUUCCAAAGUUGUGUUGUAUUGUAUAUGACCAGGGAUCUGUAUCACAUAGGUUGGCAAUAGAUUGUUAAUGGCCAAUCAAGAUGAUCGUUGCAGGUUAAACCCUUAUCAUGAACCAAUCAGAAUCAUUCUUUCAUAUUUUUGAUUUAUUACUUAUAUUUGUGUUACUAGUCCCAGGCCAUCUCUUUAUACACUCUUCGAUCCUUCUUUCAUCUUUCCUGCUAUUUUCUCUCUCUUUUUCUUUUUGUUUUCAUUGUAAAUGUGAAAAUAAUUGAAGGAAGUGUUGUGGAGGACAGUCACACACAUUCCUACUCUCACCGCCCCCUUCCGAUCGUGGAACCACAUAUUCAAUUGAAAUAUUUAUGUACUGUUAUUGAUUAUUGUAGUACAUGUAGUUGCAGUAUAUUGAUUCAUAAAAAAUGUAACUUGAAAUGAAUUAUGUUUUCUUCAGUCUUCCUGUCUAUGUUCCAAUCAUUUUUAAAUGUUUUCAAUUCAAUUUGAAAAGAAAAUCAAUGAAGAGUUGCUAUCUUUUUGUACCAGUGGUAUGUUCACAUCACAUGUUUUGGAUAUGCCUGAAAUUUUAGUAUACACGUCAUAGGAUGGGCCGGGGGGGGGGGGGUCACCAUGGGGCUGUUUCAUAAAGCUGUUUGUAAAUUUAUGGAUGACUUUACGAUCUACUUGAGUCUACUUGUUUUAAGUGCUAAAUCAGGUUAUCGGUCAUUAUGAUUCCCAUUUGCUACAGUUGAAUGAUGAUCUUUGCAGAUUAUAAUCUCAAUUCUCAGUGAUACCAAGCAUAUAAACGCAAAGUUUAAUAUUUUUCAAAAUUUAGAUAGGUUUAUUGGAAAUUCACUCUCUCUUUCAUUAAACACCAGGGAAAUUUUGGGGUAUAUCAUUUAGCGCAAUAACAUGCUAAACUAUCAAACAGCUGUAACCGAAAAAUUAAAAAUCCAUAUUAUACUGUUUGAAACAGAAAUCGGAAACAGAAAUCCUCCAAAAAUUUGUUUUGCCCAAUUGUGCAUUCCCAAGGUUCUCUGAAUGUUUUGCUGCCACACUGUAUAGGAAGAUGCAGAGAGAGAGAAGAAAUAGGAUGUAGAAAAAGAUGACCAUAGAUAUUUAGAAGGGGAGGAAACAGUCCAUUGCAUUGGGUACAUACCAUACUAAAAAUAUAUGUCUUUGUCAUGCUUUUUACUUUUCUUUAAAAUUAAGAUUGAUUUUCUUUCCCUCUUAAUUGAUGCUUCCAUUUAAAUUACAUACACUGGUAAUAAUAUGGUGAAUAGAAAUUAUUUUGCUUCGGAUUCAAGGAAAUAGCUUUCAGGUGGCAGGGGUGUAGUGGAUUUAGAUUGGCAAUUGAUGUCUUACUCAUAAUGAAUAUAUGAAAUAAUUACCGUUAUUGUUUAAUUUGGAAAAUUCAUAUUAUUGAUCAUUUAGAAUGAACUUGUGUAUAUCUAAAUUAUAUAUGUGUCCUGAUUGUAAAUUUCUUUAUGAUUUAAAUAAAUACUCAGUGAUUCAGUGAGGUUCAAUAAGAUUUUGAUUUUUAAAAAUUAUAGCUGUGAAGAACAAAGAGGUUCAUAAUGAUGCUGUAAAGGUAAAGUUUUUGAAAUGUUAUAUCUUUGAAAGUAAAUGGAUUUGUUCCAUGAAAAUUGGACAUAUGAUUAAUCAAGGUUCACUGAUCAUUUGGCAUGAGUAUUAGGUCACAUUAUGGGCCAAAAGUCAUUUGAGGUCAACAAACAGAGUGUUGUAUUAUAAUUUUUUUUCAUCUUAGUUGCUUUUAGAAUUGGCACUGCAGCUACAUUGGAUUGCAAAAUGCAGGUGAGACUGCCAGAGGCUUUCCACUUUUUUAAAACAUUCGCAAUACCAAAUUACUCUGACAUGUGUAAACAUACUUCCUUCUUGCUCUGUGCACUUAAAGGGGAAUCCAGCCUUGGCCAUUGAAUGAUGUGUUGGGAAGGAGAAAAAUAAAUUAAACAGAAUGGUGAAAGUUUGAAAGAAAUCGGACAAGCAAUAAGAAAGUAAUAGCUGCUUUAAAAUUGAGAUCACUAAUACUAUGUAGAUUUCAAAUUGGCAACUGGGUAAGUAAAUUAUGACAAGGGGCAAGGACAACUUUCCCAUAGGCCAUGUACUUUAUUAUCAGGGAUUUGUGGUUUUCUCCUAAGUACCCAUUCCCCUGGGGCAGUAAUCUAAAUAUAACCCAGGUAUAGUAUAUUGUUUUAUGUCCUCAUGAAAGAAAAAUAUAAUUUGAAAUAAAACUUUUGGGAAAAAUGACAUUUUAGCCAUAAUAUGUAUUGGAGUACAUGGAAGAGUAGUCCUUGCCUUACAUCACUAUGACAUCCCAUAUGCGGCCAAUUUGAAGUCUCCAUGGGUAUAGUGAUUACCAAUAUUUACAACUUUUAAAAAUUCAUAACUUUCUUGUUGUUUGUCCAAUAUUGUUCAAACUUUCACCUAUCAACUUGUCUGAUUUUUCUUUUUCUUAUAAAAACAAGUUUUUAUUUGGGUUGAAUUCCCCUUUAAUUCAUGAAAUUUGUUCAUCUUAAGUGCUGAUGAUGAUGAAGUACACUGUUUGAAGGGUUAUGCGACAUUUGCUCUUACAACAAAUGCUACUCCGCUAAUUUCUCUGAAGAUGAGAGUUAAAUGGGUUGUGGUAGGUUUUUUUUCAGAAUCAUGUAAUGAUUAGUAUUGAUGUUGAGGUGAGCUUUGAAGCCCUGGGCCCUGUUGCAUAACAGUUACUAUCAUGUCAACUUUGUUUUAAAGGACAAGUCCACCCCACAAAUAGUUGAUAUGAAUAAAAAGAGAAAAAUCCAACAAGCAUAACACUGAAAAUUUCAUCAAAAUCGGAUGUAAAAUAAGAAAGUUGUGACAUUUUAAAGUUUUGCUUAAAUUCACAAAACAGUUAUAUGCACAUCCUGGUCGGUAUGCAAAUGAGGAAACUGAUGACGUCAUCCACUCACUAUUUCUUUUGUAUUUUAUUAUAUGAAAUAUUCUUAUUUUCUAUUCAUUAUUAAGUGAAAAAGCGAUUAAUUCCUCCCCGAACAUGUGGAAUUAGCAUUGUUUAAAUCUAUGUGUUUCAGUCUAGUUGGUCCUUAUUGUCAAGUCUGUAAAAAAUGAACUAUUGUAUAAUUCAAACAAUAAAAAACAUAAGAAAUAGUGAGUGAGGGACAUCAUCAACUGUCUCAUUUGCAUGUCACUCAGUUGUGCACAACACUUUUUGUGAAAAAUAAGCGAAACUUUAAAAUGUCAUAACAUUCUUAUUUUACAUCCAAUUUUGAUGAAAUUUUCAACAUUAUGCUCAUUUGAUUUUUCUCUAUUUUUUCAAAUCAACAUUUUUUUUUCUUUUUAUAUAUAAAUCAACAUUUUUUUUGGGGGGUGGACUUGACCUUUAUCUUUCAUGGAAUCCUUGAUUUUGAUUGGCUGCUAAGCUAUAAUAGUAACUUUGAUGCAACGGAACCCAGGGUUUAUGUUUGGUUUAAUACUUAGUGCAUUUUUACAAGGAGCAAUUGUCGCAAGAGCAAAUGUCUUGGAACUAUUUGAAUUGACAUUUCCUAUGAGUGUAAUUAGGAGGUUAAGUGGAUUUCCAGUAUUUAGCUUGAGCACUGAGCAUCUGAAGAGAGGUUGUAAGGUGUGUCAUUUUUUUAAAUGACAUUUGGAAUGGCAUUACUCUUAUGUCUUUAAAGUUUGAUCUGCUUUCAUAAUCCUCUCAAUCAAUUAUUUCAUGCUUGCAUAUGUAUAAUGGAAUGAUUAUUGAGAGAAGAGCUUUCUAUGGUUCUUUGAUUUUUGUUUAACAUGUGUUUGUUUAAUUUAAUAUGUUUUGUUUUUAUAUGACUUUGUUCUUGAUGUGUAAAAAAUAUCUGCUCAUUAAAGUUGCCAACAGUGAGCAUCUUGGUACACAAUA